AUGGAUGAGAAGGGCCGCGAUUAUGUGCGCUCAGGAAUGCCAUUAAUCGGUGUUGGUACAUAUCAGAUCCAAAACAAAGAUGUUAUCCGGGAUGUUCUGGAUGAAGCCCUUCAAACUGGCUACAGAAUGAUCGAUACCGCACAAUGCUACAACAACGAAAAAUACAUUGGCGAUGCUUUACAGACAUUGCUACCCAAAUAUAAUUUAAAAAGGUUACAAUUAUAUUUUUGCUAG